CACCCUCCUCGUUUCUCUUCUAAUUCCUUUCAUCCUCCAUUGGAAGACACCCUCACUAAAUUUAUUCACCUACUUUUUAUUUAGGGUUUCGAAUUUAGAGAAAUCGAAUAUGUUCUUCACCGGUGAUCCAUCCACGCGUAAACGGGUGGAUUUAGGUGGCCGGAGCUCCAAAGAGAGGGACCGGCAGAAGCUUUUAGAGCAGACCCGAUUGGAGAGAAACCGACGCCUCUGGGUGCGUCAGCAGAAUUCUGCUGCUCUCAAAAUUCAGAAAUGCUUCAGAGGAAGAAGGGUGUUGGAAGCUGAACGCUGCAAAGUCCGUGAAAAGUUUUUCUUGACCUAUGGGCAGUAUUGUCAAGAUGUCAAUAGGGAAUGCUUUGGCCCAGAUUCAGAUUUUCUCUACCAGCUUCUUUUCUUCUUUAACCCGAGAUACGUGGCUGAUUUUUCUGCUCUGGUGGAGACAUGCCGAUUACUUCUUGAAUUUGUUCACGAUAGUGCAGGGGAUCUAAUUAGCCUCUUUGGAGGCAUGGGUUACUCAUCUAAGCGUGGUCUGGUGGAGUACAGGAUUAAGAGUCUCGCUUAUGCUUGCGUUCGUGCAAUCUACGAAAAUAGGAACCAAUUGAAAGAUCAGUUAUUUUUUGCCCCUGAGAAGUCCAACACAUCAGCAAAUGUGUUACUAGAGGCAAUAAUUUUGUUGAUUGAUUUAAGACAUCCCUGGGCUUGUAGCACAGUCUGCUUUUUGUCCAAAAGGAAUAUGUACUCUAUGUUCAGAGAAAUAAUCCUGUUGGGGAAGAAAAAUAUUCAAGGUUCUACUGGGAGUAUCUCUUCAUUGGAGCGCGUUCUUGCCCUAAUUAUUUCUCAUGUGGAUCAAGCAUCCUGUACUUGUUCAGAUAGUGAUCCUCGAUGGGGCUUCUCAUCCCAGAUUCUUACAACUCCUUUCCUCUGGCGGCUGUUUCCACACCUUAAAGAGAUUUUUUCUGCACCGCGGUUGAGUCAACAUUAUGCUCAUCAGAUGGCGUUAUGUGUGAGAGAUCAUACCAAUGUUCUUCCACCUGAUAUAUCAAGUGACUUUCCCAGUUAUGCCUGUCUUCUAGGAAAUCUAUUGGAAACUGCUGGAGCUGCCUUCGUUCAGCCUGGUUCAUUUGCUUGGGCAAUAGAUUUUACAACCGUUGCGACAUCGCUAUUGCAAGCACUUCCUCCUCUCCAAACAUCAAAUCAAAGAGGUAAAGAUUCUACGAUGGGUGAAGAUGAUAUGCUCGUCGGUGAUGACCUAAUCGAAAUAGUUCUAAAUAAGGAUUUGGAUCAACAGAUUUUCAGCGCUCUAGAUCCACACUUUCUUCUGCAAUUGACAAACAUGUUGUUUGGGGGGAUUUCUCCUACAAGUGGUUCACAUAAAGGCAGGCUUGAUGAUAAAGAGGUGGCUGCUGUUGGUGCAGCUUGUUCUUUUCUACAUGUGACUUUCAACGUUUUACCCCUUGAGCAAAUUAUGACUGUGCUAGCAUAUAGGACAGAACUGGUUCCCAUUCUAUGGAACUUUAUCAAGAGAUGCCAUGAGAAUGAAAUGUGGUCUUCCUUAUCUGAGCAAUCUGCUUAUCUGCCUAUUGGUACACCUGGUUGGCUAUUACCUUUGUCAGUCUUUUGCCCUGUUUACAAGCACAUGCUAAUGAUUGUUGAUAAUGAGGAGUUUUAUGAUCAGGAGAAGCCACUUUCACUGACGGAAAUAAGAUUGUUAAUUGUCAUCUUAAGACAGGUCUUGUGGCAGAUUCUUUGGCUUAAUCCCAUAGCAACACCUGAUUUCUCAAAGUCCGCAAAUGGUUCUUCUGCUAUGAAGAGGCACCCUCUAGAAUUUCUUCAGCACAGAGUUUGCAUGGUUGCUUCGGAGCUCAUGUCACAGUUGCAAGACUGGAAUAACAGACGAGAAUUUACCUCCCCUAGUGACUUCAAUGCUGAUGGUGCCAAUGAGAUAUUUAUGUCUCAGGCGAUGACAGAGAAUUCAAGAGCAAGUGACAUACUAAAACAAGCUCCUUUCUUGGUCCCAUUUACAAGCAGAGCUAAAAUAUUUAAUUCACAGCUAGCAACUAAGAAAGAAACAAACGGUGCUCAUGUUAUUUUUACAAGACAUAGAUUCAAAAUAAGAAGAGAUCAUAUCUUGGAGGAUGCAUUUAGCCAAUUAAAUGCAUUAGCAGAAGAGGAUCUUCGAGGAAUGAUUCGAAUAACUUUUGUGAAUGAAUUUGGAGUUGAGGAGGCUGGUAUUGACGGUGGAGGGAUCUUCAAAGAUUUCAUGGAAAACAUUACACGGGCUGCAUUUGAUAUCCAGUAUGGACUAUUUAAGGAAACUUCGGAUCACCUGCUCUAUCCCAAUCCUGGAUCUGGACUGGUACAUGAACAACAUCUUCAGUUCUUUCACUUUCUUGGGACUCUUCUUGCUAAGGCAAUGUUUGAGGGAAUUUUGGUUGAUAUACCAUUUGCAACUUUCUUCUUGAGCAAAUUGAAACAAAAGUAUAACUACUUGAAUGACUUACCCUCCUUGGAUCCUGAAUUGUAUCGCCAUCUAAUUUUUCUAAAGCAUUAUGGUGGCCAAGUUUCCGAGUUAGAAUUGUACUUUGUAAUCAUCAACAACGAAUAUGGGGAGGCAAAAGAAGAAGAGCUGCGUCCUGGAGGAAAAAACAUCCAAGUCACAAAUGAGAAUGUCAUUACAUUUAUCCAUCUCGUAGCCAACCAUCGAUUGAACAUUCAGAUACGUCCGCAAAGUUCUCAUUUUCUGAAAGGGUUUCAACAGCUGAUUCCGAGAGAUUGGAUUGACAUGUUUAAUGAGCACGAACUUCAGCUUCUAAUAUCUGGAUCGGUAGAUGGAUUUGAGCUCGAGGAUCUUCGAGCUCAUACUAAUUAUUCAGGCGGCUAUCAUGAGGAUCACUAUGUUAUUCAAAUGUUCUGGGAAGUUAUUCGGAGCCUUAGCUUGGCAAAUCAGAGGAAAUUUUUGAAAUUUGUAACUGGAUGUUCUCGAGGGCCUUUGCUUGGAUUCAAAUACUUGGAACCUACUUUUUGCAUACAGAGGACUGCUGGUAAUGCAUCUGAAGAAUUACUUGACCGGUUACCAACUUCUGCCACUUGCAUGAAUCUUCUUAAACUUCCUCCGUACAAAAGCAAACAGCAUAUGGAGGACAAAUUGUUGUAUGCUAUAAAUUCAGAUGCUGGGUUCGACUUAAGUUGAUAGAUGCCAAAUUUGCGUCCAGCAAAAGAUUGCUUUCAUGUCUUGGCUGGAGCAUUCACUGGCUUUGACCGAUUAUAGUUGGAAGGCCGAUUUUUGUCCCCCUUCGUCUCAGUUUGUUUGGAGCAACUCACAUGCGAGGUGGUGAGCUGGUAAAAAUGAAUCUUGAGAGAGCCCUAUAGAGCACCUUUACUUCACGAGAUCGGUUUGCAGUUGAGUCAGAAAGUAGCAGAUAAAAAGAGCAGCAUUAGAGACACCAUGUAGAUAUUAUCACCUGCUACUUUAUGGAGUAGCUGUAUGUAUAUAUAUGCUGCUGGGGAAUCUCUAUUUUGUAUAUGUCUUAGUGAAAUACGGGCAGGACCUGCGUAAGUGGUCUUGUUUGUCAGACUUGUUUUGUUGUAAUGUAUACCUCUGUUAAUGAAAGAUAGAUAGCCCAUAUUGUUACUUCAUUCUGGGUAACAGACAGUGCUAUAAUUACAGGUUAUUGUCUCCACC